AUGAUGACUACAUUGCCAGGUGGUGUUAUUCUAGUCUUUGUCCUAGUCGGUUUGGCCUGUGUUGCCAUCGUUCUAACCAUUCUGUACAGAAAAUGGCAAGAAAGACAGAGAGGUCUACAAAGAUUCUAA